AUGAAACGGGCAAAGCAUCCAUCAACCAUUAGUAAGAAAUUGACAAGUGUUCCAGAAUUCCCCUUUAAAAAAGGACUAUUGAUUUCAUCACCUAAGCCAAAAGAAAAACAAAAUGCCAAGUCGACACCUAAUAAAAUUGAAUCAAUGGUCCUGAGGUCUCCACCCACUGGAGAGUCAAUUGUACGGUUUGCCUUGCCAAUACCGUUGAUUAAGACGAAGCAGUUAAUAUCAAAUGAUGAAAUGAUCAGGAGGAUUACCACAAACCUGAAGAUGGUUGUUUCUAAAUUGGAAAACACCUAUGGAGGUCCCACUGAAGACAGAGAAAGAGAUGAAGGAGGCUUAUCUGUUGGUGAUGAUGUGAGUUCAUUCUUGUUGUGCUGUUCACAAUUUGCAGCUCAGCUGGAGGAAGCAGUUAAGGAAGAACGUGGUGUGUUGGAAUCUCUUUACAAGUGGUUUCAGCACCAAGUCAACCAAAUGGAGGAGAUAAGCAAAGACCAAAGUAAUGUAGAAAAAGAUCUUCAAUCAGAUGGUAAAUCGGCCAGUUUGAGCAUUGUACAAAUUGCAAAACUGGCUCAUAAAUUUGAAGAUAUUAAAGGUCGCCUAAAAGAGCGCAAGGCAGCCAUGCAGACUAAAGAAGAGAAUAAAGCGGUUCUAUUAGAAACAUUGAAAAAUUAUGGACUCAUAGAAAAGCAAAUUGAAGAGUUCCUAAAAUCCCAUUCAGCUUUAGAACCUAAAACUGAACCGGAGUCAGGAACUCCUACUUCAGUGACUAAUCGGAUGAAUACGAUGAUGAAAAUAUUUGAAAAUCAGACAACUAUGUUAGAGAAAGCUUUAACUGAACACAGUGUAAUUGAGUGUAAAUUUAAACAGAUGGAAACUGAUUUUCAAAUGUUAUUAUUGGAGAAAACUCUGCUGGAAGGUGAAAUACGAAGGCUGAGAGAACUAGAGAAUGAAAAGUCUGCAAGCAAAGAAGAGCGAACCAAGAAAUCUGGAAGAUUAGAAAAGAAAAAAAUUAAAGAAAAGUAA